GCCAGGGGGAGGCGGGGACUAACAUGUAGGGCACUUUACUUGGUGUAUUCUUUUGGUUUAUAUAUACUGUACAUAUUUUUUUAGUUUCUCGCGUUUCGUGUUAUCGUUUACAUAGUUUUGAAAGGUAGUAAUCCUAAGACAAAAUUGCAAGCUCCUUGGAUGUAAACUUCAAGUAUUUAAGCUACCCCACCGUACACACUGCGCACCCUCUGACGGCCUUCUGUCUAACUCCGCAGGGUGCCCAUUGCUUGUUCAAUCAUCCCCUUAAAGAUCAGGCCUUAGGGAAGCAGCGCAGCGCUCAACAGUGAGGUACUCAGAGCCAAACUUCAUAACGUGAUCACACACGGAGUCAUCGCGGAGGCUUCUGGAAAGCGUAGUCCAGAAAGGAGGGCCGUUAGGCGCAUGGGCAGAGCCCUCGCCUGUCAGCUGAGGAACUUUUGUCCUUCGUCUUGCGGGGGACACCGAGCCCCGCGGCAUCCCCCGAUUUGAGGGGUUCUCCGAUUGCGGCGGGCGGGCGGGCGAGCGAGCACGCGAUCCUGUGGGGCGGCGGCGGGAGGAGCGCGCUGGGCGGGCUGAGGAGGGGAGGGGAGGGGAGGGAAGGGGAGGGGAGAGGAGGGGACAUCAGCGGGAGGCAGGCGGGUCUGAGCCACCGCCCGGGUGACGUGGCACCCACUCGCCUUGUCCUCCCGCCACGUCGGCGUCCUCCCGCUUCUCAGCCAUCCCCGGGCAUCUGCAGCGGAGGCCGCUGUCACCGAGGAGACCUGGAGCUGUGGCCUAUGAUUUCCUAGGACUUCACUCUCCCAACUUUAGAGGGUAGAACACCACCACUCCCCAUCCCCGCUCUAAAACACUGCAGAAAAUGACCAAGUACAAGGGACCCGUGACAUUAAGGGAUGUUGCUGUGGAAUUCUCCAAAGCAGAAUGGAAGCUCCUGACCCCUGCUCAGAAGUCCCUUUACAAAAAUGUAAUGCUGGAGACCUUCAGUAACCUGUUCUCUGUGGGUUAUCGUGUGGUUAAGCCAAGUGUGAUUGCAAAGUUGAAGAAAGGAAAAGAGCCAUGGCCAUUAGAAGAAUUUUUCCAUAAGCGGCGGACCGCUCACGACCCCAGAGCCAAACAUCAGGAGCAACAGGCUGGAAAUGCAAGGAAAGGAGAACUUACAAAGCAUCAGAAAACUCCCACCCGGCAUGAAAGCUACGACUGUAGCGAAUGUGGAAAAUCUUUCUGCCAGAAGUCUUCCCUACUGGCGCACCAGGAAACACACACCAAGAAGUCCUAUAAAUGUGAGAAAUGUGGACAAGCUUUCUAUAAGAACGAAGACCUCACAAUCCAUCAGAAAGUCCAUACCAGAGAUAAAACAUACCCAUGUAAAGAAUGUAACAAAAUUUUCUAUCACCUGUCGUCUCUCACUAGACAUCUGAGGAUCCACGCUGGGGAGAAACCCUACGAAUGUAGCCAGUGUGAUAAAUCCUUCUAUCAGAAGCCACACCUCACAGAGCACCAGAAAACACACACAGGGGAGAAGCCAUUUGAGUGUAAGGAGUGUGGGAAGUUCUUCUAUGUGAAGGCAUACCUCCUGGUGCACCAGAAAACACACACAGGCGAGAAGCCUUUUCAGUGUAAGGAAUGUGGGAAGUUCUUUUCACAAAAAUCACACCUCACAGUACAUCAGAGAACACACACAGGGGAGAAACCCUACAAAUGUAAGGAGUGCGGGAAACUCUUCUCUAGGAAUUCACACCUCAAAACCCAUCAGAGAACCCACACAGGGGAGAAACCCUACAAAUGUAAGGAGUGCGGAAACUGCUUCUACCAGAAGUCAGCCCUCACCGUGCACCAGCGAACUCACACCGGGGAGAAACCUUUCGAAUGCAGUAAGUGUGGGAAACACUUUUACUAUAAGUCAGAUCUCACCAAACACGAGAGAAAGCAUACAGGGGAGAAGCCGUACGAAUGUGCAGAGUGUGGCAAAUCUUUCUCUGUGAACUCAGUCCUUAGAUUACACGAAAGGACUCACACGGGAGAGAAGCCAUACGAGUGUGAGAUAUGUGGGAAGUCCUUCUCUCAGAAGUCCCAUUUUGUCAUCCAUCAGAGAAAACACACAGGGGAGAAGCCCUAUGAGUGCCAGGAGUGUGGGGAAGGCUUUAUCCAGAAGUCACAACUCACAUCACAUCAGAAGACACACUCCAAGAAGGGAAAGGCUAACAAGUAGCGCAAGUUCAGAACCCCUGCAGGAAUUCACCCUUUGGCUGUAAUACACACAGAGGGAGAACCUUCUAAAUAUGGAGGAAAAAUGUCAGCCAUGUUCCCCCCGCCCCCCGAGAAUUAUCAGCAAAUGUGCAGAAAGAAAUUCUUCGAUGUUAUUAGGUAGACCUUGACAAUAGGGUCAACUUUCAUAAAUAUCAGGUGGCAGAAGACAUUUUGCAAGCUACAAAAUGUGAAAGAAACUUUUCUUUGAAAGAAACUUUUCUUUCAGAAGUCACACUGGUGCCAUAUAGAAAUAACACAGGGCAGAAAUCCAGUAAGUAAGUGGAUUUCCAGAAGUUUCUCUCAUAGCAUCUAGCAUUACACAUGCAGAGUUCACAGUGAGGAACUCCGGUGGGUAUCAGGCACUCAGAAGUCUUCUUACAAGGUUGCACUCAUCUUAAAAAGAUGGAAGGGCAUUCAUGCAUAGAUUGCAAACAGAUAGGAGAGCCUUAUCAGGAACACGCCCAUCGUGAAAUGUUAAUUGCAUGAGUACUUUAAUCAUCCCUAUGUACGUAUUUUAAAUAUUUGAACCGCCUUCAACAAAAUGCCCUGAAGGCAGCGGUCACACUCUUAGUCCCAAUGCCAGUUCCAAGGUUGUUUUUACUUCCUAAAGAAACAUACAAUAUAAACAGAAACCAACUAAUAUCACAUAUAUCAAAGGUAGUAAAAGAGCAAAACACAGGGGCUGGAGAGAUGGCUCAGCAGUUAAGAGCACUGACUGCUCUUCCAGAGGUCCUGAGUUCAAUUCCCAGUAACCACAUGGUGGCUCACAACCAUCUGUAAUGGGAUCUGAUGCUCUUUUCUGAUGUGUCUGAAGACAGCUACAGUGUACUCAUAUACAUGAAAUAAAUACAUAAAUCUUUUUUUAAAAAAAGAGCAAAAAACAAUCAGAAAACAUCAUUAAACAAAUAAGUCUUUUAAUAAGUAGGAUCUAGGGGUGUGUGUGUGUGUGUGUGUGUUUACCUAUAAAAAAAAAUCUAUCUAAAAAACUGUGUGUCUUGCUCUUGGAGCCCAUUGUGGUUGUUCCUGAGCUCAGUAGCUGUGUAAGAACACAUGUCACAUUGUAUCAACAGUGACUCCCACCGGUGGCAUUGUUCCUGUAACAUAUAUUGGUGUAUACUUUAAAUGCACAGUGUGUCUUUUUGUCCAUCUCUGGGCACUUACAAAUGGGUUCAGACAUUGUUACUAAAUGGACCCUUCAAAAGAAACACUGUUUUUGUAACGUUUUCGGCUAAACUGUGAUGGGCUGAACUUCAGCUUGGACAUGCAUUUGAGCGGUCAGAGCUGUUUCUAAAGCAGCAGUAUUUCCUUAUUUUAUUGUAGAUGUAGCAGUGGCAUCUGUGUUUGUAUUGUGUAUGAAAAAUACCUCAUGACUUUCCCUUCCUAUUCUGGGUAGCAGAGGCAACAUGACCAGUGGCUCAAAGUGAGAUUCUAGGCUCUUACUACCUUUGUUGACCCAGAUCCCAGCAUGGACAUACCAUGUAACUUCACUGUGCCUCACCUUCUUCCUCUGUAAGAGAAAUGACAGUAACAUCCUAGAAUUGCCCUGAGGUUGAAAUACGUUGCCAUUUUGAAGCACUCAGAACAGUGUCUGUAAAACAUAAGAACUCGACAUUAGAUAGUAUUCCCAUUAAUUUGUAUUUCCCGAAUCACAUGGUGAAAAGGUUGGCAACCCAGAAUUUAUCUCCCAUCUUAUUCCUGUUAGUGCCUUGAUUUGAUUUGGCUGUGUAUCUCCCCACCGUGGCUCAGGAGCAGACCCUAAGUAGGCAAGGCCAGGGGUUGGUGAACCGCAGCCCAUCGGCCAGAUCCACAGCCCGUUUUGUAGCCUGUAAGCUGAAAUUAGUUUUAUAUUACUCAAUGAUUGCAAAAAUUAAGUAUUUUGUGACACAUGAAGGUUGUACAAAACAAAAGUUCCAUAUAUCUAACUGAAGCACUUUGAGAACACUAAUACAAACCCGUUCGCUACAUUCUGCCUUUGCUGCCUUCGAACUGUGCUAGCGAGGCAGACCUAAGAUGUUGCUGACUCAGCACUUUACCGCAUCGGUUUCUGUUACUCAGGGCUGCACACGCUGCAGCCGGUCCUGAGCCCUUCUUCUAAACGUUCUGUUUACCAAAUGUGAUGCCUCAGUGUAUGGGUGGGUAAUUUUUGUGCAGUAUAUUUAUUUUGUGCAUUGUAUUUAUAUGUGGGAAAAGCCUAGGCUUUGAAGUAUUUUUUUCCCAAAGAAAUGUGGGUUUUUUUUUUUACACUUACUGAAUUGUUACGUUAAAGCAUAUCUCCUGAUGGAAUGUAAUAAAUAUAUGAAAUAAACAUUGUCUCAAUUAAAUGGAAUUAAAUUUUCAAUUAAUCUUU